CACGUGUUUACGUCGCGACGCAGAGCUGCGAAGUGAAGGGAGCGGUGCGUCGCCAGCGCAGCGUGAGCGCGUCAUCACGCAGUACCAUCUGUCACCACCGAGUGGCAGUGUGGGCCACAAUAUGAACUUCAACAGGUCUGAAAAAUAACGCGUGGAAAACCGUGCGCUCGACUUAUGGCAGCAAUGGAAAGUCUCCUGUGGGAAAAUCACAUGAAGAGUGGUAAGUCGAGUCUUUAAGAUGGCCCACUUAAGCCCUUACAGCAUUAAUUGAUAUAUUGACAUCAAUUAACCAACCGGAAUAGUUGGAACUGUCUGAGCAGGACACGCCCACUCUGUAACCCAGGGGAGUCACUUUAUUGAAUAUUAUCGGCUGCCUGAAAUUAGGAUCGUGAUGAAGUUACUUGGCGACAUGUUGUCAUGGGAACUCCAACCCAUGAUCAGCCAAAUCUAAAUCUGCGGCGGGUGUGAUGGUGGCAUGACGAGGAUCACACCCCUCCUGACCCCGCGGCUAAAUAUGUUUAUUGUUGUUCAACCGACCCACGGGGAGUGGCGGGGUUCCGUCAUCCAGCUCGCCUCGGGAUUAGAACCAACCCGCCCUGCGCACCGAGGGUAUAAAUACCGAGCGCGCGCCACUCUCCGCUCAGUCUUUACGCGCGCAGACCUGUUACGCACGGAUCGCGCCUUCGGGAGAAAGCAGCAGAGAGUAACAGCGUCAAGACCUCGGCAGCUUCACGUUCAGAGCGUUUUGGAGAGAAACACAAGAGACCAUGUCAGUGGUGAGCGCAGUGCCGUUCAUGAAGCCGCUCCACAUGCGCUCUCCGGUGCCGCAGGGCCGCCGCCACACGCUGCCCGCCAGCGAGUUCCGCUCCCUCAGCCCGGAGGACGCAAUAAGUGUGUUUGAGAUCGAGAGAGAAGCGUUCAUCUCGGUGUCCGGUGAGUGUCCUCUCCACCUGGACGAGGUGCGUCACUUCCUCAGCCUGUGCCCAGAGCUGUCCCUUGGCUGGUUCGAGGAGGGACGUCUGGUGGCUUUCAUCAUCGGCUCUCUGUGGGACCAGGAGAGGCUUACCACGGAUGCCCUGACUCUCCAUAAGCCUCACGGGACCACCGUCCACAUCCACGUCCUGGCUGUCCACCGGACCUUCCGCCAGCAGGGCAAAGGCUCCAUCCUGAUGUGGCGCUACCUGCAGUACCUCAGGUGCCUGCCUUACGUCCGCCGAGCCGUGCUCAUGUGCGAGGACUUCCUGGUUCCCUUCUACCAGAAGUCGGGUUUCAAGGUGCAGGGCCCCAGUGAGAUCACGGUGGGGCCCCUCGCGUUCAUCGAGAUGCUCUACCCAGUCAGGGGCCACGCCUUCAUGCGUCGUAACAGUGGUUGUUGAGGACAGGGGGACUUGGUGUGGAUUCUCCCUGGUCAGCCCCGUGGAAACAGGACGAGGGGGACGUCUGAGCAGAUGUGUUGUCCGUGAACGCCCGGCACAGUGAUUGUGUUUGUGAUGAUCACUGUGAGAGAGACUUGUUCAGCAGACGGUCAGUGUGCACGUGUGUGUUCUGACCGCGAGUCUGCAGAGACAUGAAAUGAAGAGCUGUCACCCAGCUGCUAACAACAGCUGUUUGGAAAAGUUGACUGAAACUAAAACAAACAAACAAACAAACAAAAAUCUAAAUCAUUAGAGCAAAUUUAAAUGUUACUUUUUGUUUUUAUAUGAAACUAUUUUCAUUGUUGUGAUAAAUGCUGGACAUUUAUUAUCAUAUUCACCAGAACGCAGCUGCCUUGUUUCCUGCUUUGCCCUUUUUAAUUAUUUGUUAUUUAACCAGUCUAACUUGGCCUCUGGCUCGUAUAUAGAGCCAAAAGGACCAUUUUUAGUCAAUGAUACUAGUAUAUAGCCAUUAUUAAUGUAUACAUUAGAGCUUUGUGUGAACUGUAUGCCUUUCAAAGCAGCAGUAGAUCACUGCUGAUGUCUACUUUGUACAGGUAACGGUACAACAACACAGUAACAUGCCAAAGUAACCUGUUAACCUUCAGUAACCAUGGAAUCAAAAUGGAGGGAUAUUUGCACGAGCGUCAGAUGAGUGAAUUAUUUUAAGUGACCCUAUUUAUCUCUGAGUGGCUCUUAUACAAAAGCAUGUGGCAGCACUCUCACCAUGUUCCUAAUGUUUGUCAGGGUUGUACGGUAUGUGAUGCAUAUUUUAGAGCAAAUAUAGCCUGAGUAUUUUACUGUAUGUACACGUAAACUCUCAAAUACAAUCAGUAUAUUUAAAUAGCCUAAAUAUGUGUUUAGGUAGAAGUCACCACCUCUGCCUCUAGUCUUGAAUCAAGACAUUUUUUUAUUAAUGUUUUCUUUGAAAAAUAAAGAUUUAAUUUUCUACCA